CUCGCAGAGAAGAAUCGAUACAGCACAAUGGCAGAACUCGCUCCAGUCGCAGCACCGGUCGCCCCGGUUAAGACCCCGAAGAAGAAGGUAUCCAAGCCGAGCAAGAAGACCGGACCCGGCGCCGGUGAGCUCAUCCUGAAGGCGGUGGCCGCCUCAAAGGGCCGUAGCGGGAUCUCCUACGUGGCCGUGAAGAAGUACAUGGCCGCUGAGGGCUACGACGUGAAGCAGAACAGCGCCCACGUCAAACGCGCCGUCAAGAAGCUGCUGGCGGGAGGAGCCCUCGUUCAGCUCAAGGGGAGCGGGGCCACCGGCUCCUUCAAGGCGGCCAAGCCCGACGAGAAGCCCAAGAAGGCGGUGAAGAAGACCGUCGCUAAGCCCGCAGUGAAGAAGCCCGCAGUGAAGAAGCCCGCCGCCAAGAAGGCCGCUGCCGUCGCCAAGAAGCCAAAAGCCAAGACGACACCCAAGAAGGCCAAGAAACCCGCUACAGCCAAGAACACAUCGGUGAAGAAGCUCACAAAGAGCCCGAAGAAGAAGCCGGUCAAGAAGGCAGAGACGCCAAAGAAAGCAGCGAAGAAGGUUGUUAAACCCAAAGCUGCCAAACCAGCCAAGAAGGCCGCGGCCAAGAAACCAGCCAAGAAGGCAGCAGCCAAGAAACCAGCGAAGAAGUAAACUUGUUAAAAGUUGGUUGGAAAUUACAAAAAAAGGCUCUUUUAAGAGCCACCAAAUCUACUUAAAGAGCACUAUUCU